GAAAAUGGAUUCUAGUCGUGAUAGCAGUUCAAGCGAUGAACGGGAAACUUCUAUGAACACUAACAACAGGGAAAAGAAGAUUUACCAGCGCCACUCUAAUCAUCAAAUUCAAAGGCUUGAAGCGUAUUUCAAAGAAUGUCCUCAUCCAGACGAAUCGCAACGACGUAAAUUGAGCGAAGAACUGAAACUUAAACCAAAACAAAUCAAAUUUUGGUUUCAGAACAAAAGAACACAAGCUAAAGCUCAAAGUGAAAAAGCAGACAACGCAUCACUUAGAGCAGAAAACAUGAAGAUAAGAUGUGAGAAUGAAGCAAUACAAGAGGCACUAAAGACUGUGACUUGCCCUCCAUGUGGUGGCCCUCGCCCUGGGAAAGAAGAACGCGAGCUCUAUCUCCAAAAACUGCGUGCACAAAACGCCUACCUCAAAGCACAGCGUGAAAGACUCUCAAGUUACGUAAAUAAGAGUGGAGUUCACCCAACAGCUAGCGUCGAUUCCGUAGCUUAUCCACAUGGUCCAUCAUUGUACGCAUCGACCUCCUCCGAUAAUCCUCAUGUCUCCUAUGGACCUUCUUCGAACUAUCUCCCCGAGCCACUUAGCUUGGCAAGAGGACCAUGCCCUCGUGAACACUCCAACAUCGCCCAACCGCCUCAGCCGCCUCAGCCGCCUCAGCCGCCUCAGCCGCCUCAGCCGCCUCAGCCGCCUCAGCCGCGAAGACCGCAGCAUUUCCAGCCGCUAUCUCAAAUGGAGAACAUCAUGAUGUCUGAAACGACGGCAAAUGCUGUGACAGAGGUUAUAAAACUGAUUCAAAUCGAAGAACCAAUGUGGGUCAAGUCGUCUAUCGAUGGUAGACUCGUCAUUGAUCAAGAGAACUAUGAGAAAUUGUUUACAAAGAUUAACCGUUUCAAGAACCCAAGUGCUCGUAUUGAGUCUUCUAAAGAAGUCGUCGUGGUUCCAAUAGAUGCAAGAAACUUGGUGGAAAUCUUCUUGGAUACGGAGAAAUGGGCGAGGCUUUUUCCAACAAUUGUGAACGAAGCUAAAACGAUUCACGUCCUGGAAUCCAUGGACCCACGAAAACAAAACUUCUCGAAACUGAUGUAUGAGCAAGUGCACAUUCUGUCGCCAUUGGUGCCACCGAGAGAGUUUAUGAUCCUAAGAUGUUGCCAACAAAUGCAAGAAGAUCUCUGGGUGGUUGCUGACGUGUCGUGUCAUCACGUAAACUUUGACUUUGAGUUUACGACUCCGACUUGCUCCAAACGUCCCUCCGGUUGUCUCAUCCAAGCCUUGCCCGACGGUCGCUCUAAGGUGACGUGGAUGGAGCACGUGGAAGUGAAUGAUAAAGUGCGAACACAUCGGCUUUACAGAGACCUUUUAUGCGGCGGCUUCGGCUACGGAGCUCGCCGUUGGACCGUUACUCUUGAGAGAAUGUGUGAGAGGCUCUCUCUCUCCUCCAUCCCUGCCUUCCCCACCACCGACUACGGCGGAGUUGUGAAAACUAUAGAAGGAAGAAGGAGUGUCAUGAGGUUAGGAGAAAAAAUGUCCAAGAAUUUUGCAUGGAUACUAAAAAUGUCUGGAAAAUUCGAUUUCUCUCAACUAUCUGAAACCAACAGUAGCGGAGUUAGGGUUUCGGUGCGGGUAAACAAUGAGGCCGGUCAACCGCCCGGUCUCAUUGUCUGCGCCGGUUCAUCUUUAUGUCUCCCUCUCUCUCCUGUCCAAGUCUACAAUUUCCUUAAAAAUCUCGACGUUCGUCACCAGUGGGACGUUCUCUGCCAAGGGAAACCGGUCGCUGAGGUCGCUCGCUUUGUCACUGGAUUAGACAAUAAGUGCUCUGUGACUAUUCUCCAGCCUACAACUGCAACGGAGAAUGGUGAAUUGAUGAUAUUACAAGACAGCUUCAUAGAUGCAUUAGGAGGUAUGGUGGUCUACGCUCCAAUGGAUCUAAACACAACAUACGCUGCCGUUUCAGGCCAAGUCGAUCCUUCCGGCAUUGCAAUCCUCCCUUCCGGUUUCAUCAUCUCCCGUGACGGCCGUCCUUCCUCCACCCCUGCCGCCGAGCUCGACGGUGGCCGCGACUAUUGUAAGACUCUCCUCACGGUGGCUUUCCAGAUCCUCGUCUGCGGUCCGAAUUUAUCUGCUGAUCUCAACAUGGAAGAGUCUACGGCCACAGUCAAUACCUUGAUCAGCUCCACCGUUCAAAGGAUUAAAGCCAUGCUUAAUUGCGAUGGUCAGUGAGAGAGUUUAGCCAACCAGCUUCAUAAACCAUCAACUGUUUGGUUUUUCAUCUUUUUUUCUUUCUUCAAUAAUGUUUGUGAGUGAGAAGACUUUUCUCCGAUGAUUCUCUAAUGAGUCAUUAUACUCAUAUCUUUCAUGUUCUUGGUUGAUUUUAAACUUAUAAUAAUUUCUAAGGGUGAUCCUUAGAUAAACAAUAUUUAUGCUAUAGCCUGUUGUUGGCAUAUUUGUU